CGAAACACUGCGCGAGGUAAAGCUGACGCGCCAGUGGGACAGCGCGAGAGGAUCACUGCUCGGAGCUGGGCAUUCGGCGAGCGGCUCUAAACGGAUCCCACCGGAGUGGGAAUGAAAAACGAAAUGUUGUGACCACGCAAGGGGGCUGGAAGCGGCGAGACAAAUAAAGAAAAAGGUGGGCCGACAGGAAAAGAGAGAGAAGAAGAGAUUUACCAACGCACAAGCAGCUGCAGGGGACGCACAAAUGUCAGCUAUCACACUCCGGUUGUUUUAAAAUGAAGGACGUAAUAGUGGAUGACAACUACCAUUUAGUAGACUCCGAGGAGCAACCAAGGUGUCCCGACGGGUUUUGCGGGACUUGUGAAAAAUGUCUUUUAAAGCAAAAACUAUCUGCAACUUCCGAAUGGUUUCUGCGAGCCAGUGAAGUGUCAAAAAGGAAGUUUCUGACAGGCAUCAUUUGGAGAUGUCAGCCUCGAAAGCUUCUUGAAAAAACGAGCGAGGUCCUGCAGGUGACUCUGGGCAAAGAUUUUACUUAUUCGAGGUCCCGAAUUAACCCUGGUCUUCCGGGAGACAGGGGGACAUUUGGCUCGGAUCGGGCGCUGGACCCCAACGUGCUUCGGAAAGAAAUUCUUCAAACAUGGGAUUGGUUUGUACAGAGCACUUCCUGGACGAAGUGCAACUACAUUUUGGGGCUGCUGCUACAGUGCGAGGUUCAACUGCUGCACGUCAUUGGGAACCUCGUGCGACUCCUGCUGGCCAGAGAACGGUUCGCGGAACGCAGGCUAAAAUCCGGCACCUGUGUGGAAGAUCUUGAAAAUGAGUCCUCCACCAUUCCUGAAUCUUUCAAUUCCAGUGAACAUCCAGAACUUGAGCUGCUGAUCCAAGCGUGUCCUACCUAUGGACGCAUUCCGGCUAACACCUUCCCAGAAGGCCUGGGUGUCCGUGAGUCUCAGAUGAGCAGAGAUACAUGGGUGGAAGGUUGUGAUGAUGAGGGCCUCUCCGUCGCUGAUCUCUGCAUGUCAGAUGAACAGCCUGAACCUGAACUACAGAUCGAGACGUGUCCCCGUGCUGAGGCCAUGCCGGCAGAUGACACUGCGGAGGAGCAGAGCUGCCAGCCUCCCAAAGGCCAGAGUGAGACAUCAAACGCCAGAGAAACAACAUCCUUCAGGGCAGCUGCAGAGCAGGAGAAUGGACGCUUUGCGGUCAACGGCAGCUUGGCUCAGCAGUAUACCUUCCUUGGAGACAGUAGUGACAGCGUCUCCUCAUUAUCGGAUGAACCUGCCAUUUUGGUGGUGCCCACCUCUUUCCAGUCCAGGUCAGGGGUCAGUCGCUAUCGAGACUUCAUACGCUGCCUGCCUGUGCACCUAGCCAAGUGCAUUCUAGGUUAUCUGAAUAAACAAUCACUGUCAAAAUGCCUGCAUGUUUCCCGACAUUGGCGCUGGCUGACUGAAGAAGUCAUGAAGGAGCUGCUUGUUCGUCGAAUGGUUCAGAACCAAGUGAUGAUCCUUCAGGGAACGUCGCCAAAAGGAGUCAGUCCUGUCUAUGCUAAAAUGUGCCAGAUUACAGUGCCACAGACCGGGCCUGAUGAAGAGCUCAUUCCUUUAUCAAAAGAGGAAUUUGCUCUACAACCAAAGGGUGCAGGAGUUCAAGGGGCUUAUUGUGGGUUGAAAACAGAGCUGAUCGAUGCUGAAGAAAGGAAUGUUUACUGUGGAUCCUACAAUGUGCUUAUGCUGAAAGACCAUGAUGAUGCCAGCAGGAUUAUUGACUUUAGUGGUGGAAAACUGGUGGCCUUUGGCUCCAAAGAGAGGCAGGUGAGGUUCUUGGACAUCACCAGUGCCAAGGAAGUCCCUCCUCUGAUUCGGGGGCAUGCUGGGAGCAUCAGGGCCCUACUGCUAUGUGAACAACGAGGACUUGUGUUCAGUGGGAGUUACGAUCUGAGCAUCAGAUGCUGGAGCCUGGCCAAUGGGAGCUGCUUGAAGAUCUUUCGUGGCCACAUGGGAACAAUUCACUGUUUAGAUCUGUGUGGGAACAGACUGGUAUCAGGAGCUAAAGACUGCAGGGUCAAAAUAUGGAACUUGGAGACGGGCAAAAGCAACCGUAAGAUGAAGUUUAAGCAUCAGGAUCCAAUUCGGUGCGUGAAAAUAGAUGAAACCCACGUGGUCAGCGCCUGCAAACGGGGUCAGAUCAAAGUCUGGCACAUGGAGACGGCCACCUUGGUCAAGGUGAUGGAUGGCCAUCGAGGUGCAGUUACGUGCCUUCACUUUGACAAGUGGCAUAUUCUCUCUGGAGGGGAAGAUGGGUACAUCAUGUCCUGGAGCACACACCCCAAAUAUAAGAAGUCUCUGAUGACCUUCAGGCAUCCAAAGGAGGUGCUGUGCUUGGCAUUCCAGUAUCUGCGGGUGAUCAGUGGCUGUGAGGAUGGCAAGAUUCGGGUCUUCAGUUUCCUGACAGGUGAAUGCCUGCGGGUCAUCCGAGCCAACAGCAGGUCCAGCCCAGUCCUCUCCUUCAUCGCUGACGAGAACAGGCUCAUGAUAAAUACCAAGGCCAACAUCCUCCUGUUUCAAUUUGCCCCGGUAGCUUGGGACUACACCCUGAAGUCGGUGCGAGAGCUGGACUCAGCCGGGUUUCUUGAGGAAGACUGGCUAAAGACAGUGUUUCUGAAAAAGCACCCAUACCCGUAUGUUCGCGCCCAGCGUAUGAGAAGAGUGGGCACCGCCAACAGGAAAAUCUACCAGCAAGAACCAGAGGAGCAUGACGGAGAGGGGAAGAGUCUUUCUCACCAUGCCCGCAGCCUCUCUGCCACCAGCAUGCGCUGUGCACAAACUGCUCAGAAGGAGUCCAUGAAACCAGCUACGUGGAGUGAAAUGCAGGGUUAUCGCCGCAGCAUGGCCUACAUUGACCUGCAGCCGGAAUUUUUUGUCGAACCGCCAUCAGCACUAAAGCCUGGAAGACCUGUCCGCAGCGGCAGCUCGGAGACGCCAAGCAGACAGAAAAGCCCUGAUUCUGAAAUCCUCCCAAGGACUCCUGUAGACAAAGCACCUCCUACAAGGAGUGAAAGGUUGGUCAUGCAACGCAUCAAAAACCGAGGGCCGCACCACCCACCUACCACAGAGAACAUCCUGCUCACCAUCAAUGCAAUACACCUCUCUCAAAAAGCUGAGGAACUGAGUGCCAACAUGGAAAUCAAUACCCAGGUCCGCGACGCGUGGGGGCCAACACCAAUGCUUGACUCGGUGACCUCGACUCCCCAAAAAGUGACCAGCGCCAGUACCAGUGCCAAGUUUCCAGGCUUCUGCUGGGAGGUCACAAAAUCCCAAAGCCAGCUGGUGACCAGGGAUGUAGAAGUGAAUCUUAAGAAAUCACCCCUCAGCCAACAAGUCAAACUGAAUGCCCCCAAAAGUGCUACGACGCAAUUCAAGACAAGUCCGGGCACCGGAGAUCUCGGUGACAGUUCACUUAGAAAGGAAAGACCUUGGACAGCAUCCGCCAUUGGGGUACAGAAGGUGGGCAACUUCAGCACCACCGCACAACACACCGCCACUCUAAUCCCACAAGUGAUGACCAUGACAACUGGCAGCGUCAGGAGGCAAGCCAAGGUCAAACCUGAAUCGGCCAGCGGAGAACGCAGCAAGCAGCUGGACCCUUACAGGGUGGCCAGUGGGUUUCAGCUGUGCACUUUCCGGCAGAACAAAGAGCACAAACAGAAUCAGUUGAGACAGUACGAAGAUGCCCAGAAGAAGGCCAGGGAGGACAAGACCAGGGAAUCACGAAAAAUUUGGCUGACAAAGCUGAGAGGGCUGCCCAGGGAUGACUUCACCCGGGAAGGCAAAGUGGCGGCACCAGAAUUAGGCCAUGGAGUUUACCUCUGAUGUCCACAUGGAGAAUGAAGAACGGGGCACUUGACAAAGAUCAGGGUGCCUGGAGCACUUUGGGGGUGUCACCUUGACCUUGACGAUGGGAUGUGGGGACAACUUAGCUAAAUAAAUGAGGUUGAUAGAC